AUGGAGUACAAAUACGAGAGAAAUACGACAGAACAAAAAAACGUCUUUGUUCUAAUACUAAUAAUACUAAUAAUACUAAUAAUGGGGAAAGGACUCUCCGGCGCGCAGAAGAGGAAGAAGAGGAAGGAGAGAGAAAACGCUUUAGCGGAGCAUAUUGAGAAUUUGGAGCGUUUAAAGCUUGGGCCGACCAAGUUGUGGACCGGGUUGGUGUUGCAUCAUAAGGAUGUGUUUGUCUCGCAUGUGAUUUCGAAAUUGAACGAGACGGAUCGGUGUUUCUUUGCGAGCGUGAAUAGAGAGAGUUGUGAUGUGCUUAAGUAUGCCGGGGUAAACGUAUCGGGAUUAAGUGCAAGUGUUUACGAAUGUUCAUCAAUUUCAACGUUGGAAUGGGCGUGGAAUCACAUGGAUUGGGGAGAGAAAGAUACUCAAGGAAACGUGGUAGAUCAAGCCUGGUUUUGCAGGCAAGUUGCUGAAACGAACAAACUCGAGUUCCUCGAGUGGGCGAGAGAAGUGAAACAUUGCGGGUGGGAUGAAAGUACGAUUAAAGUGGCAGCAGAUAUAGGUAAUCUCGAGAUGCUGAAGUACUGCUUCUCUAAUGGUUGCCCGUGUGAUGAAGAAAAGUCGUGUAAACAAGCUGCUAUUGGAGGAAACCUCGACUGUCUUCGCUUUCUUGUCGACAAAGUGAAACCUUCGCGAGAUACGGAGGGGAAAGCGGCAAUACAGGCGUCAGGAUAUGGUCGCAUAAACAUCUUGAAAUAUCUUGUUGAAGAAAGAAAGAUAUCUGAUGUGGUAAAGUUCGCUCUCGUGGGAAACGCUGCACUUUAUGGCCGACUCGAUUGUCUCAAAUACUUAAUCGAAGAGGCGAAAGUGCCUCUCGACCUGUGGUCCUAUAUCGCUUGGGCUCGUUACAGAGAGCACCACGAGUGCGAAAACUACUUGCUCGAAAAAAGGUGCCCAGAACCGACGGACGAACAAUACGCUAAAUUUAUCCAGGAUCGGCAACCAGCUUAG